GGAAUUGAUGGAGUUAGGAUUAUGAAAAAGAAUGAGAAUUGCGAGAUGGAGAAAUUGAGAGAGGAAGUGGAGAAUUUAAAGAAGAUGAAGAUCGUUGCGGACCAGCAUGCUAUGGCGAAGAUCUGUGCGCCUGAGAGCUCGGUUAGGUUGCAGCAGGAGUUCGAUGAAACAAAAAGGCAGGCGCAGGAGGCCAAUGAACGGCGCAUCGCUGCCUUGGAGCAACAGGUUCUGACACUGAAGCGUGUGACGGAGGAAGCAUUGGAGGAGGUCAACAGAAUCAGAGAAUUCAACAGGAGACGAGAAGCAGAGCAGGAGGCAGAGAGAGUCAGAGAAGAGAAAGAUCGAGAGAUUGAGAAACUGAAGGAGGCAUUGAGUCGGGUGCAAAUGGAAUCUAUCGGGAAGCAGAAGGUAGCUAGUACCAAGCAGCGGAGACAUGCUGCAACAGACUUAAGGCAACGUCUCGAAGCGGCUACGAAAGGUGUUGAUGGCUGUGUGGACAGAGGGAAGAAGGCGGCCGUUUUGACCAACGAUCGGGAGGUCUUUCUGAAGGAUUGCAGAAGAGAACUGAAGCCACUGAAGAGGGAUGCUGUGGUUGCCAUCUGUGAGAAUGAAGGAAUCACAUAUACUACCUUGGAAAAAGCCAAAGAAGAGAUCGUGCAGCUACGAACUCGAAGGGCAUGUGACGAAGCGCCACCUGGCAAUCGGGAAGGUGUUGUGUUUGAAGAUCUCACCGGUGCAUCCGAAGGCCAGAGUGCAGACUUGGGUAAGUUUGAUGGGGGAGAGGACAACACCUCUUAGGGUUCGUUCCCGACAUGGCUUACUUUUGGAAGAUGGUCAGGCACUGUUCGAAUAUUCGUGGAUUGUCUGUGGAGCGAUUAAGAUGUCGUUAUCUGAAUUCGUUGCUAUGCUUGGCAGUUAUUGGUUUGACGUUGACUGGUCAAAUUCCUUGGGCGAAUAAGUUUGYCGGGUGUUUCUCCUCCCUUCUUUCGCGUGGGUAUGAUUUUGAUCGUUGCGAUGACCCUCUGGUCUAUGUGUUGAUUUCUCCCUGGUGUAGGCAUACUUACGUUGGUAGUACGACUAGAGAGGUGCACACACGAUGGAAUGAGCACGUGUACAGAGUGUGCAAUCCCUCCCUAAUUAGCAAGGGUGACCGUAGUGAGAAGCUUUAUUGUUGGCUGAGAAGGUGUGGAGUAAAUCGGUAUGUAGCGA